AUGAGUUUCCGGGGUAGGCCCAAUGAGGAUCCAAAUGCUCACCUUACCAAUUUCAAGAUGAAUUGUAAGGCGAUAAAGAAAGGGCCGGGAAUCACCACGGAAGAUGUGCUCCUUGAGGCUUUCCCAUACUCACUCAUGGAGAGAGCAAGAGAUUGGCUCUACACUCUUGAGCCAAACUCCAUUUCAUCUCGGGACGAGAUGGAGGAGCAGUUCCUUAUGCAAUACUAUUCACCCACCAAAACUCAACACGCAAGGAAUCGGAUCAAUACUUUUAUACAAGAGGAUGAGGAGAAUCUUCAUGAUGCAUGGGAACAAUUUAAAGAAUACCAAAGGAUGUGCCCUCACCAUGGAAUGGAACGAGAUUACCUCCUAUCUAUCUUCAUUCAUGGAUUAAAGGAUGACACUCGAUCAUGGAUCGAUGCGGCAUGUGGGGGUGACAUCUAUGACAUCCCUUUUCAAGAACUAGAAGCAACAAUUGCAAAGUUGGCCAAAGGACGAGGCCAUACAUCAAAUGAGUUCAGUAGGAGGGGCUCAACAAAGGGAGAUGCGGGAGAAGGAGCAGCACUCAAGGCGGUGUUAUCUGAACUUGUUGAGAUACGGAUACAACUUGCAAAUAGUAAGCAAGUAGCAGCUAUAGAGGAGCCAAGUUCAGCACAAAUCCAACCGGGGAUGUAUUUGGUCAAUCAAGAAGCGGAGGAAGCCAAUUAUGUUGGUCCAAACCAAUACAACCACCCUUCCAACCUAUACCAUCCUGGGUUAAGGAACCACCCAAACUUCUCCUACAAGAACCAAACAAAUGCAAUGAACCCGCAAUCGACAUUUCAACGGAGCAACCAAGGACCCCCGGGGUUUCAAUCUAAGUUCCAGCAACAAGUCCAAGGAAACCAAGGUUAUCAAGGAACAUCGAACUAUAGACAACAACAAGAGCAAACAAAAGAUCAAGAUCCCGAGAUCAAGGACAUGCUGAUGCAAAUUCUCCAAGGGAAAAAGUCACAAGGAAUAUCUAUCGGAAACAUCGAGAAUGAGCAAAUUGUAUUCAAAAAGCAAUUGGAAGGAGUACAAGCUCAUUUAAAGAUUUUGGACAACCAAGUGGCACAACUCUCAUCUUCCUCGUCGAGACAACAAGGUACUCUUCCGGGAAAGAUUGAAGUGAACCCUCGAGAGCACAUUAAUGCAGUGGAGUUGAGAAGUGGAAAGCAACUCCCGGAAAUCGGUCCACCCAUGAGCGAAAAAGCACCAACACCAAGGCUAACGAGGGAAGAGAAAGGCAAAGCGGUGGAAGAAAGCGACUCCACGAUCAACACCCAGGAAAAGGAGCCGGACUACAUUCCUCCACCACCUAAGAAAGCUCAGUUUGGAAAGUUUGCGGAGAUGCUGAAAAAGAUGGAGAUUACGAUGCCAUUCCAUGAAGCGAUUCUCCAAAUGCCUUCCUAUGCAAAGUUUCUAAAGGAUAUUUUGACUAAGAAGCGAGUGGUAGAAAAGGAAACGGUGGCCUUAAGCACUGAAAUCAGUGCCGCCAUUACAAGACACGAGCUCCCUCCGAAGAUGUCGGAUCCGGGAAACUUCUCCAUACCUUGCAACUUGGGCAACAUUGAGAUAGAUCGAGCUCUAUGCGAUCUGGGAGCGAGUGUAAGUCUUAUGCCCUUAUCGAUCUACAAGAAGCUGAAUAUAGGGGAAUUGAAACCAACAAGAAUGGCUCUACAGUUAGCGGAUCGUUCGAUCAAGUAUCCAGCGGGGAUAGUGGAAGAUGUACCCCUGAAGAUUGGUGGAUUUUACGUUCCGGUUGAUUUCGUGGUAUUGGAUAUGGAUGAAGACUCCAAAGUUCCGAUUAUUCUUGGUCGACCCUUUCUAAGUACCGCAGACGCCAUAGUUCAUGUUAGAGCGGGAAGCAAUUGGGAGGAGAUUGAGGUGAUCAGAAAGGCUUUGGAUAGUGAAAUAGAAGAAAGUGACGAGUUACAGAAAUUUCAGGUGGCCCUCCCUAAAUUUAGGGCGGCCAGCUUGAAAAUGGAAGAAUCAGAAAUUUUUACAGAAAAUUCAGGCGACCCGCUCACAAAAACGGGCGACCUCUCUACAGUUUCAGUUGGUUCACAGAAAUUUCAGGCGGCCCUCCCUAAUUUUAGGGUGACCAGUCUGAAAAUGGGGCAAUCAGGAAGUUUUACAGAAAAAAUGGGCGACCCGCUCACACAUAAGGGCGAGCGCCCUGUCAGCUCAAGUGAGUCACGCAAUUUUCAGGCGGCCCUUCCUCAUGGUAGGGCGACCCUCCCAUUUGUUCUGAGCAAAAACGGAGAACCAACUCAUGAAACACUCGAAGGUAACCACGAAGGCCAAAAUCUCGCAGCAUACACCCUCAGUGACAUACCUAAAGGAUCUAAGAUGACUCCCUCCACUGAUUGGGACCCGGAGCAAGCACCGAAGGUGGAACUAAAGCCCUUACCACAAGGGCUUAGGUAUGUCUAUCUCGGUUCUAACUCUACAUACCCUAUCAUUGUCAAUGACUCUCUGGAUGACUUUCAAAUGGAAAGUUGA